AUGCAGAACGCGAUAACUUCACAUAUGCUGUCAGUCCACACUCGAAGCCGUGAACUGGAUAACGUUACUGCUUCCCUACAACAUUCUGGAGCUGGAGCCAGUUCUACAGGUGGCAACAGUCUUCUUACCGGACUUGGUCGUCGAGUAUCUUCGCUUUUCAGUUUUGCAGGUGGAUUGGCCAGUGGAGCUGCAGGGCGCGUCGGGACUGGCAGGAACAUGGAGUCUGUAAGCUUUCCUAACAGGGCAAAAGUAUACAGAAACAUUAAAUUGAUUCCAAUGUAUAUUUCGCCAUCUAUCUCCAUAUUACAUUUAAUGUGUACAGGACAAUAUCCGCUGGAAGCGAGUGCGGAGAAUGUAAAAAGCGUCGCGUAA